UCGGAUAGAAGCAGAGAAGGGGUGACUCGCAUUGUGUUGUUUCUUCGCAAGAGCUAGCCCCCCUGCAUAUCACUGUCCGUAGAGCGAUAAAACGAUCAGAAAACUACCUCGCACAAGUAUUCAUCGCGCCCCAGAACGGAGCUAUGGCUUCGGAACUUGACCAGUGGAUAGAGAUCGCGAAGCAGUGCAAAUAUCUGCCGGAAAAUGAUCUCAAAAAGCUGUGUGAUAUCGUGUGCGAGCUGCUAAUGGAGGAAUCGAACGUACAGCCCGUCAGCACACCCGUCACCGUUUGCGGCGAUAUUCAUGGACAGUUUUACGAUUUAGAGGAGUUGUUCCGCACCGGUGGCCAUGUACCGGACACGAACUACAUCUUUAUGGGCGACUUUGUCGAUCGAGGAUAUUACAGUCUGGAAACGUUUACGCGUUUGCUUACGUUGAAGGCACGGUACCCGAACAAAAUAACGCUUCUACGAGGGAACCACGAGUCACGCCAAAUCACCAAAGUGUACGGAUUUUACGAUGAAUGUUACACAAAGUACGGUAACGCCAGUCCGUGGAAGUAUUGCUGCCGGGUGUUUGAUCUGCUGACAAUUGCCGCGAUAAUUGAUAAUGAGGUGCUGUGUGUGCAUGGUGGCCUUAGCCCGGAAAUCAAAACGCUUGACCAGAUCCGAACGAUCAACCGCGAUCAGGAGAUCCCGCACAAGGGCGCGUUCUGUGAUCUGGUGUGGUCCGAUCCGGACGACAUCGAUACCUGGGCGGAAAGUCCGCGCGGUGCGGGCUGGUUGUUUGGUUCGCUCGUAACGCGGGAUUUUAUGGGCAUCAACAACUUGAGUCAAAUUUGCCGAGCGCAUCAGCUGGUGCACGAGGGCAUUAACUAUCAGUUCAAUCGCACGCUAGUGACAGUUUGGUCGGCCCCAAACUACUGCUACCGGUGCGGUAAUGUGGCCUCCAUACUAGACUUUACCGACAUCAGUGACCCACAGGUAAAAAUAUUCAAAGCCGUCCCGAACGAAGAGCGCGUCAUACCGAGCCAGCGCAUUACGCCUUAUUUCCUUUAAAUCACGCCCGCCCCACCGACUGCCCCGACAUCUUCGGUGUGGUUGUUUUUUUUUACGGAACCGAAGAUUCAAACGCGCAUUGCUCCUUCAGUUAUUAACGUAUUUUUGCACAAUAAAAUUAUCAAACUUCAUAGAAGCGAAACGACAGUGACAUUGAGCACGUAAAAA